AUGAGUGUUCUACAUCUCCUCCUCACUCUCUCGCUACUCAUCUCUGUUUCAGGAGCAAAAUUCUCCGGCCGACCAGGAAUCAACUACGGCCAGCUCGGGAACAACCUCCCGUCACCGUCAGACUCAGUCAACCUCAUCAAAUCACUAAACGCGAAACGCGUCAAGCUCUACGACGCAAACYCAAAAAUCCUCGCCGCUUUAAACGCCACCGACAUUGCCGUCUCCGUCAUGGUCCCUAACGAGCUCAUCAUCAACAUCUCGAAAUCGGAAUCACUCUCCGACGACUGGAUCCGAUCAAACAUCCUCCCGUUUUACCCAUCCACCAAGAUCCGUUACCUCCUCGUCGGCAACGAGAUCCUCUCUUCCACAGAUUCCGACCUCAAAUCAGCUCUCGUUCCGGCAAUGCGCAAGAUCCAACGGUCGUUAAAGUCCCUCGGCGUCAAAAAAGUCAAAGUCGGGACCACACUCGCCGUCGACGUACUCCAAUCGUCGUUUCCUCCGUCGAGCGGCGAGUUCCGGUCUGAUAUUUCCGGUUCGGUUAUGAAACCGAUGCUACAGUUCUUAAACCGGACUAAAUCGUUUUUAUUCGUUGACGUUUACCCGUAUUUCGCUUGGGCACAAGAUCCGACCCAUGUGGAUCUCGAUUACGCCAUUUUCGAAUCUAACAACGUCACCGUAACGGAUCCGGUCACGAAUCUGACCUACCACAACCUCUUCGACCAAAUGAUCGACGCUUUCGUCUUCGCUAUGAAACGAAUCGGGUAUCCGGAUCUUCGGAUCUGGGUCGCGGAAACGGGUUGGCCCAAUAAUGGAGAUUACGACCAGAUCGGAGCGAAUAUCUACAACGCCGCAACUUACAAUCGCAACGUCGUCAAGAAACUCGCCGCCGACCCACCCCUGGGUACUCCGGCACGACCCGGAAAAGUCCUUCCAGCGUUUAUUUUCGCGCUUUACAACGAGAAUCAGAAAACGGGUCCGGGUACGGAGCGGCAUUUCGGGCUUUUGCAUCCGAACGGAUCUCAGGUCUACGAGAUCGAGUUAUCCGGGAAGACGACGGAGUACAAGGAAUCGUUGCCGGCGCCGCUGAAUAACGAGUUGUACAAAGGGAAGAUAUGGUGCGUGGUGGCUAAAGGAGCGAAUUGGACUCAGCUUGGUGAUGCUCUAUCGUACGCUUGCUCACAGGGGAAUAAUACUUGUGACCCGAUUCAAUCCGGAGGCCCAUGUCAUAAACCGGAUUUAACCGUUUUGCACGCUAGCUAUGCUUUUAGCUCUUAUUGGGCCCAAUUUCGUAAAUCCGGUGGGACUUGUUCCUUCAAUGGCCUCGCUACUCAAACCAUUAAAGAUCCAAGUUAUGGACGCUGCGAGUUUCCGAGUGUGACAUUGUGA